AAGAGCAGGUGCAUUCUAAUCUGGAGAACAGGGUUUGAUUCCCCGCUCUGCCACUUGAGCUGUGGAGGCUUAUCUGGGGGACCAGAUCAGCUUGUGCAGUCCAAAUCCCAGAUACCCCGCUGACUUUGCAUGUUCGAGGGUUCGGAAUACUUCACUUUAGAAUGAUGGGGGUUAUCUUACAACAACCCUGAAAGGGAGGUCAUUAUUAUCAGUCCCCCAAACUGAAUUGCGGAUGAAGCUGAGAAAGGAUGGUGUGAUGAAGGCCACCUGGUGGAUUCAAAGCACAGGUAACAUUUGAACAAGGGAACUCCUGAGUCACAGUUUAGCCUCUUAACAACCAUGUUAUCCUUUAAAGCCACUGGCGUGGGGAAAAAGAAAUCGUAUCUGUAUUGGCCCCUUACGCACAAUGUGUUCCCAAGAAAGGGGAUCCUUUGAAUAUCAAUCCAUGACUAAAAAAUUGCUUGGAUGGGGACUCUCUGACAGUCUGGUGGCCCUCCCUCGUGCAUCCGAGGCCUGCAGAAAAACAUAAGACUUCAAGGAAAAAAAAUAUGUUCAUGUGCAAAACCACACCCACCUUUCCUUUCUCAAGGGAACCUCCCUCUCAUGACAGGUAUUGUUCCUCUUUCUUGUGGCACAAAUUUUCAGCCUCCUAUGGGAAGAAGAACCGUUUCUGGGACGUGCCAACUUGGGGGGGAAUCCUUUACAGCUCAAGGGUGAUUGAACAGCAAAGAAGUUCCCAAGGGUGACAGAUCCCAUCUGAUACAUCAUGCCAAGAUGGCUUGUGGCUUGCCUUCCUGUAAUGUUGCUCCUCCCACCAAGAGGCUCCACCCACUGUGAACUGUUCCCCAAGUCCAUUUGUGAGCAGCACACUGCCUUUGUGCCUGGGUAUAACUUGACUGGGGAAGGAAUUGAUGUCACCACAAUGCAAAGGAAAGGGACCUAUUUGGUGGACACCAACCGAUGGCUGGACCCACAGGAUACCUGCGUUCUGUGCCGGAACCCCUUGAUGGACAACCAGCUCCAGCGACUUCCUCUGGCCGGCAUGGACUGGCGUGCACACCCCUCGUGUCACCGUCAAGCGAGCAGUUCCGUAGAGCACUCUGACGUGGAUGUAGCAAAAGUUCUGGCUGAGGAGGUGAAGAACAACUGGAUAAUGAAGUUCAGUUUGCCCAAGGAGAUGCAAUCUGUUGCCAAAGACCAGGUGGUUCUGGUUGGGUCUCGGUCUGAGAUGGUCAGUUAUGCCCACGAGAAAUCCCAAAAGGACAGGUAUAGCUUUGUGAGGCAUGAAGUCUCCUGUGAGCAUUACCGGCUGAGCCUCCUCCCGAGACCUUCCUUGCUGUCCCCUCACUUCUCCCAUGAUGUACUGAACCUGCCAAGUAAAUACGACCCUGAUGAGUACCAGCAUUUCAUCGACACCUACGGCACACACUACAUCAGCCACGCACAGCUGGGAGGGAGGGUACGCAGCCUGCUGGCCGUGCGGACUUGCGCAGCAAACCUGGCAGGUAUAACGGCAUCUGACAUCAAGGACUGCCUCAGCUUGGGAGCAUCUCUAGGCCCUGAGUGGAUGUCCCAUUCGUUGAGCAGCAAAUGCCAUGAAGUUCGGAGGAACCAAGCCAAAGGGGUGUUCAGGGAAGCCUAUGGCAAGCAACGCAUUGAGGUCGUGGGAGGGAGCACUCAGGCGGAGCUGUUUGCAGAGCCUGGGGAAAUCCUGCUGUUUUCAGAGUGGAUGGAGAACAUCAAAACACAUCCUGGUGUCAUUUCAUAUUCCCUCCUCCCUGUCCAUACUUUGGUGGAUCGUGGAGACCCACGGAGGGAAAUACUGAAGGAAGCCGUGAGGGACUACAUAGCUCAGAAGGCCCUCUGGAAGAACUGCACGAACCAGUGCCCCGACGGGAGCUACCCUACUUCAAAAAACCCGUGCCAAUGCCUGUGCCGUCCUGAUGCCUUCACUGACACCACGUGCUGCCCCCGGGAGCGGGGCCUGGCCCACCUACUGGUCCACAUCCAGAGAGCAUCUGGCCUGCCGGGCAAAUUCUUCUAUGGCAGCGAUGCCUAUGUCAAAGUCUUCUUCCAAGGACACGAAAGGCGGACAAUCGUCAUCCCGCACAAUAACGAUCCCGUGUGGACACAAAACCUGGACUUUGGGCCAGUUAAACUGACAGGUCACAACCCCAUUAUGGUGGAGGUCUGGGACAGCAUGCACUGGGGUCAUCAUAAGCACUUGGCAACUUGUUAUGAAGAUUUGGUGGCUGGGGGUACAGUGUGGAAAACAUGUAAUGUGGGUAAAGGACAUAUGGUUUAUUACUAUGUGUUAAAGUGUGGUCCCAAUUUGGGAGGCCCCAGUUGCCAUGACUACGUUCCUCAGAAGCAACGUUAACCACCCAGUGCUAUCCAGUAGCUCAGGCCCCCAAAAAAUAAGACUAGAAA